CUUAUUCAACAAGUCCAAGCAUGGAGUUCAAAGGAGUGUGUGUGCUGCUGGGAGUCCUACUACUGGUGACCUGCUCACUUCAGCAGACCCCACCGAAGAGGAAGCCAGUGAAGAAAGAUUCAACAAAUGAUGCUGCCAUUGAACAGCUGCAGAAACAGAUCAACGACAUCGUCCAGGAGCUCAACCUGCUGAAGGAACAACAAGCCCUGCAGACAGUCUGUUUGAAAGGCAAAAAGAUUCAUGGCAAGUGCUACCUGGCUGACCCUGUGAGAAAACGCUAUCACACUGCCAGCGAAGACUGCAACAACCUGGGCGGAGUCCUCGGCACGCCCACAUCCAGCGAUGAGAACGACCAGCUCAGAGACUACCUCCGCCAGAGCAUCGGGCCCAAUGAGCAGGUCUGGCUGGGCGUCAACGACAUGAUGACCGAGGGCACCUGGGUGGACCAGACCAGCUUCAGCAUUACAUACAAAAACUGGGACACGUCCAACAGCCGGUCCCCUCAGCCGGACGGCGGCCAGUCCCAGAACUGUGCUGUCCUGUCCGGGGCCUCCCGCGGGAAGUGGUCAGACGAGAACUGUCGUGAGGAGAAGCCCUCCGUCUGCCAGUUCAACAUCGUUUGAUCGCAUUUAUCUCAUCAUAGACUGUGCAUGGUUAUAGCUGCUUUCACUCUUGCUGCAAUGCCACUUUGUCUGCUAUUCUAAAAGGAGUUUUAAGCCCGUGGUUCUCAGCUGGUUUUGCAUCUGGACCAAGUUCUGAUCUAGAGGUCACAGUCAUAAAGCUGUUAUUUUUGACUGAAGUGAUGUGGUGAUGUGUCAUUUGCAGCAUUCCUCGUGGUCACAAUAAAACCAGGAAGAACAAAGCUCUGUCUAGAAUAAGUGAGAUACUAUGGGACAUCAUCUCCUCUAAAUGAAUCCAUGAUUUCUGCUUUCAUUUUCAAGAUUUUUGUACAUGAAAAAUAAACUUUCAAUUUUUCCAAUAAUGUCAAAACAUGUAUUUUGGAUGUUCAUAAUUCAAAAUACCUGCAACAAAAGGUGUGUGUAGGUGCUGGCACCUUUCACAAAUCAAAACUGGGUGUAACUUUCCAUCAUUCCCACACAUCCACACCUCUAGUGCAGCAGGUCCAUGACUCACUGGUCGAGAACCGCUUGUUUAAACUCAGGCAUCCCUUCACAACUACUGUGUUUGAACGACAAGACUCGCACGGAGCCAGAAUUAUCAGUGAUAUUGCAUUAACAUUAAAAUCUUCAACCACGUUCUUCUAAGAGAUUAUUUCAGUUUGCUAGUCUUGUAGUCUCCUAUAAUGUCUAGCCUGAUGUAACCUGAAAAAUUACCAUUAAUAAACUAUGACA